AUGCUGCGGCGACAGAUGAUUGUGGCCCGGGCAUGGACUGGACGGGUCAUGGCGAGUACCGUCCCGGCACCAGGUGGACGGAGGACGGCGUUGGCGGACGGACAGCGGAAGGUGCCCAGGGGACUGGCUCGGGCCAUCGCCAAGAGGGUCAAGUCGGUGGCAGCAGGACAUCUGAAGGAAGCUGGUGCCAAGGCAUACGCGGCAUCGGGGGCUCCGAGCUACAAUUCGGCACUGGCGGCUACAGCUUUCAUGGCACAUCGCUCGCCUGCGGUGUAUGCUGCCACCGAGCGCGUGCUGGAUGAGAUGGUGACCAAGCUGCCGUCGGACAUCCUCGCCGACGUCCGGUCGUCGAUUGACUUUGGCGCCGGUUCAUGCGCCUCGACCUGGGCCCUCAACCAGGUCCUUCCGCAGGCCAUGGACGAGGGACUGGUGGUGGUAGAACCCUCGCCGCACAUGAUGGACGCCGGUCUCGCCACUCUGCCCGACGAUGCCGCUCUGCACAGCCGGAUCUCGGCCAGGGUCACCCUCCCGUCCACCCCGGCCGACCUUGUGCUCGCGUCUUACGUGCUCUGCGAUCUUCCGUCGGACAACCUACUUGCGCCUACUAUUGACCAACUGUGGGCUGCAGCUGGCAAGGUGCUUGUGGUGGUCGAGCCCGGCACGCCGCAAGGCUACGCCAGAAUCAUGGCCGUCCGCGACACCGUCAUCGCCUCCGGCUCCGGCUCGGUGGUUGCGCCUUGCCCACACUCGGGCGCCUGUCCGCUUGCAAGCGAGCGCGACGAUCGCUAUGCCAAGUCGUGGUGCCACUUUGCGCUCGCCUACGAACGCACGCCGAUCCAGCGCGCACUCAAGUCAUCGGCAACCUCGUUCUCGCGUGAAAAGUUCUCGUACCUCAUUGCUGCAAAGACCGGGGCCGAGAUUGAUGCCACGAUGGUCGCCGACACGACGGCCUCUACCUCUUGGUCCAAGAUUAUCUCGCCUCCGCUCAAGCGCGGCAAGCACGUCAUUAUGGAUACCUGCGCGCCCACCGGCGACAUUGCUCGCCUCACGGUCACCAAGGGCAAGUCCGGCCGGCCGGCCUACCGCCACGCCCGCAAAGCUCGAUGGGGCGACGACUGGCUCGAGUCUUGAUGAGACGGCUAGUGUGAGGCUUUAUGUGGAUGCACCUGGCUCGUUUGCGCUCCAGACCAGUGCGAGCAUCGACUGCCACACCCUCGCACCUACCUCCGGGCUGGCCUCGCCGUCGCCCUCGACCAGCUCGAUGACCGAGUCGAGAGCGAACUUGAGGUGGGCGUAUGUUUUCUUGCGGCCGAGCUCGCGAAAGUCCUUGAGCUCGCGGGCCAGAUCUGGCUCGGCGGCGUUUCGGGUCCGCAAGACUGUCCAGAGACCAAAGCCGCGCGAGAGCGCCGUGAACCAUGCCGCCGGCGCCUUGUCACUCCGCCGCAGGCCGACCUUUUUGGCCAUCCGCGCAAAGAGGCCCUGCUUGACCCGGGUUGCAUCGGCGAGCGCGCUCCCGAUGGCCGC